AUGAGUAAAAAAGAAAAGAAGCCAGCUCCUAAAGAUGCUAAAAAGGUUGAUGAAAAACCUAAAAUAAAUUUUGAAGAGUUGAUUAUGAAAAAUUUAUCUGAGCCUAAAUUAUCAAUAGAUCGUACAGGAAUACAUUUCACAGUUUUAGACCUUAAUAGUAAGUCAUUAGAUAGUUUAUAAGCAAUAUUCGCGAACUAUAAAGCGCUUACAAAGAUUGAUUUACAUGCAAAUAAUAUCUAAGAUAUAACAGUCCUCGGUAAUCUCCCUAAUUUGAUAUGGCUUGAUGUAAGUCAAAACAAUAUAAAAGAUUUAAAAUCAUUAUAAAAUGAGGAAGGGUUCAGAAAUUUAAAAUAUUUGAAUAUAUCAAAGAACAGAAUAAGCGAGCUUUUAACACCAAAAGCACCUAAUUUAAUUCAUUUAAACUUAAAUGAAAACUUGGUUGAUAAAAUGGAAACUUUUGAAGGUCAUGAGUCAUUGAAAAUUCUUGAAUUAAGAGGGAAUAGAAUUUAAACUACAUAGUAGUUAGUAAAUAUGCCUAAGUUAUAAGAGCUCUAUUUAACUGCAAAUAAAAUUAAAACUGUAGUAGGUAUAGACUCUCUUGUUAGUCUUACAAAGCUACACUUAAGAUUAAAUAAUAUUGAGUAAUUCGAAGAGAAUUUCCCAAAUUUAGAGAAUUUGCAAUAUUUGAACUUAAGAGAAAACAAGAUCGAUAAAUUUGAAGAGAUCUUAAAGCUAGCUGCUCUUCCUAAUCUUAAAACUUUAGUACACUCCUUUAAUCCCUUGAUAAAUAAAAAUCCUAAUUAUCUUUACGAAACAAUAAAUGGUUUAUUAAAGUUAUAAAGAAUUAAUAAAGUUGAGGUGACGAGAAGUUUAAAAUUAAACGCAUUUAAAUAUGCAGAAGAUAAAUGGAGAGUUUAAGAAGAAGAAAAAAAGAGAUUGGAGGAAGAAGAAAGAUUAAAACAAGAAUAAGAAUAGCAAGAAGAAAAUUGA